AUGGAAUCAGAACAAAUUAUUUUGGGAGGCCCAGUUCGUUUGUUUGUCCCGUACAAAAGGAGGAAGAAAGACGGGGAUCCUCCGGUCAUUCCCCCAAAGAAAGAAAUCCCAAAGAGCCUCACUCUUCCUCCAGGAACCUUCACCGUCACUCCCAGCGGAGAGCUCACCGCCACAACAGGGACUUUGAGUUUUGAGCACUCCACGUCUGAAGAACCGUCUGCUCUGGACACACCGUCCGAGGUCUUCGCCAACGCCACAGUGCUCACGGCUUUACCUUCCCUGGGUGUAGCUCCGCAGUCGGUCCAGGGCAAAGUCCCUCUCAGCGCAGCCUCUUCUCUGCAGGGGGCCGGGCUCACGCUGGAAGUGAGUCCGGUGGGCGGGGUCAGUCCGUCGGGCAGCCAGGUGGACAAGAGCACCUGGAUGUACCUGGAGGACAUGGCCAACACGCUACUGAGCAACGUGCAGCAGCUGAAGAGUCUGAUUGAACAAGCCAAACAGGGCGCGCUGAUGGGGAAGGAGUGCAGGAGAGAGUGCUCUUUGAACCAGUCUUUUGAGUCUCAGAUGGGAUUUUCUCAUUCAGAUGACUCAGACCCUAAAAGAAGCUCAGACCUCAACGAGAUCAUUAUGAACCAGAUGUGUGUAAACUGCGGUCGUGUGGCCAUCACCGAGUGCACCGCCUGUCACAAAGCCAGCUACUGCUCCAACUUCUGCCAAAGGAAGGACUGGAAGGACCACCAGCUCAUCUGCACUGGAGCCGUUCACGACGAGGACCCGAUGCAACUGCAGUGUUCUGAGUCACAAAAGUAG